AUGUUGGACGUGUACAGCAGCAUUCCAUCAUCAAAUAACAGUGGAGUAUAUAUGAUGGGCCCCAGUAGACCCCAAAGGCACAAAGGAACCUCAGACAUCAGGACAGGCAGGAGCAGGGAAGUAGCUGCUACAGAUCUGGCAAUCCUGGUGAAUGUGAACGAGGAGGUGACCUGCCCCAUUUGCCUGGAGCUCCUGACAGAACCCAUGAGCCUAGACUGUGGCCACAGCUUCUGCCAAGCCUGCAUCACUGCAAACCAGAAAAUGUCCCUAAUAGGCCAAGAAGGGAAGAGCAGCUGCCCUGUGUGCCGAAUCAGUUAUCAGAUCAGGAACCUGCAGCCUAGUCAGCAUCUGGUCAACCUAGUAGAGAUGCUCAGACAGAUAAAGUUGAGCCCAGAGGAGGGGCAGAAGGUAAAUCACUGUGCAUGCCAUGGAGAGAAACUCUUAAUCUUCUGUAAGGAGGAUGAUGAAAUCAUUUGCUGGCUCUAUGAGAGGUCUCAGGAGCACCAUGGUCACCACACAUUCCUUGUGGAAGAGGUUGCCCAGGAGUAACAGGAAAAGCUCCAGGCAGCACCUGAGAAGCUGAAGCAGCAGCAGCAGGAAGCAAAAAAUUUGCAAGCUGACAUUCAAAAGCAGAGAACUUCAUGGAAAUUACAAAUACCGUAUGAGAAGGCAAUUGUCCUGUCAGAGUUUAAACAACGGAGAGGCAUCCUGGACUGUGAGGAGCAGAACCAGCUGAAAAACCUGAGGAAACAAGAGGAAGAUAUUCUGAAAAUCCUAGCAGAGUCUGAAAAUAAGCUGGCCGAGCAGAGCCAGGUGGUAAGAAAUCUCAUCUCAGAUCUGGAGCAUUGGUUGCAGGGGAUAGCGAUGGAGAUGCUACAGGUAAGACUUGGAAAGAAGUCCCAGCAUCUGAGAUUCAGGAAAAAUCGAGACUAUUUCCUUCAGUUGUAUAUUGCUGUGCACUUCCUGGUGGUGACACUAAAGUUCUUUGAGCUCCUUG